UAUAAAAUUCAACAAACUUCUAAGUUACCUAGAGGAUCAUGACACAACGACAGUCUUCUUCUUCUUUCUCUAGAUCAGAUCGUAAGAUUUUAACUCUCUUCCCUUACGCUUUAGUUUCUCUUUUUGUUAUCGGAACUACACGGCUGGGUUUAGAGAAUUUUCGGUCAAGAACCAACAGCCAAUUUUCUGAGUUAGAUCGACAAAUCUCAGCAUGGGGAAAAGAGGGCAGAGAUUGGAUGUUAUCAUCGAGUAGUACUAACAUUCUAGACCAAGGUACUUUUAUGGAUCAAUGCAAUAAUGUUUUUGACGGGGAAUGGGUUUUAGAUAAUGCUUCAUAUCCUCUGUAUAGUGAACAGAGUUGCCCUUACUUAACCAAACAAGUGACUUGCCAGAAGAAUGGAAGACCUGAUUCUCUUUAUCAAAAUUGGAGAUGGAAUCCUAGAUCUUGUGACUUACCAAGGUUUGAUGCUGUCCAAUUAUUGGAGGUUUUGAGGAACAAAAGAUUAAUGUUUAUCGGAGAUUCAAUACAAAGAAGUCAAUGGGAGUCAAUGGUAUGUCUUAUACAUUCAGCCAUUCCUGACGGAAAGAAGUCCAUUCACAGAAUUCCUCCAAGAAAGAUAUUCAAAGCUGAGGAUUAUAAUGCAACAGUAGAAUUUUAUUGGGCUCCCUUUAUCGUGGAAUCAAAUUCAGAUCAUGCAGUUAAGCACACUGUGCAGAAGAGGCUUGCACAUCUGAACUCGGUUGCUAAACAUAGUCAACAUUGGGAAGGAGUCGAUUUUCUUGUUUUCGGGAGUUAUGUUUGGUGGAUGUACAAGCCUAUAAUCAACGCAACAAAUGGUCCCCCUGAAAAUGUAAAAGAGUACAAUGUUACGACUGCGUAUAGAUUAGCAUUAAAAACUUGGGCAAAUUGGAUUGAAUCAAAGAUUGAUCCCCGCAGUCAAAAGGUCUUUUUCAUGAGUUCAUCACCAACACAUUUGUGGAGUUGGGAAUGGAGGGCGGGAAGUGAUGAAAAUUGUUUCAAUGAAGCUUAUCCAAUACAAGGUUCAUACUGGGGAACUGGUUCAAAUCUUGACAUCGUCAGAGUUUUGAAAGAUGUCAUAAAUGAAUUGAAGAUAGAAGUAACUCUGCUGAAUAUUACCCAACUUUCUGAAUAUCGCAAGGAUGGUCACACGUCAGUGUAUACUGAACGAGGAGGGAAGUUGCUAACAAGGGAACAGAAAUCUGAUCCAAAGACUUUUGCGGACUGUAUACAUUGGUGUUUACCGGGAGUUCCUGAUACAUGGAAUGAGAUACUGUGUGCACAUAUUAUUAGUAGUAUUAUGUAACCAUAAUACAUAAAAUUGUCAAAAUUCCAUGACCAUUUUAUUUGAGAACCUAAUUAAACAGUAUUAAAACAGAAGAAGGAACUAUAAUUGCCACCUUCAUUACAUUACUCAGCUUACUAAUGAAGUGAUUUGAAAUUGA